GUUAAAUUGACCGGGAGUUAUAAAGAGAGAACGGUUUCGAAACGAUCGUUUCAAAUUUGAUUUUGUGAUGGUUAAAAGAGCUAGAAAAUCCGAAAUCCGGGCUAUUUGCAAAGAGGCCCCGUUUGACGACGAACCCCAAGCGGUACGUAAUCGGGAGUUAUGCGAUUAUAACGUGAAGGUAACUUACGAAACCGCCCGUCUUGGAACCGCAGGACGUCCAGUUAGGGUUUAUGCUGAUGGAAUUUACGACGUUUUUCAUCAGGGCCAUGCCAGACAACUUAUGCAAGCCAAAAACGUUUUUCCUAAUGUCUACCUCAUCGUUGGAGUAUGUAACGAUGAUUUAACGCAUAGUAAAAAAGGUCGUACUGUAAUGAAUGAAACUGAACGUUACGAAGGAGUUCGUCAUUGUCGUUACGUAGACGAAGUGGUCCGUGACGCCCCAUGGGAAGUGGAUGACGCUUAUAUCUUGAAACACAAGAUUGAUUUUAUCGCCCACGAUGAUCUCCCCUACGGUUCGGACGAUUGUAAUGAUAUCUACGCAAAAUGGAAAGCCCGGGGAAUGUUUGUUGCAACGGAACGUACGGAAGGUGUCUCAACAUCCGACAUCGUAGCAAGAAUCGUCCGGGAUUAUGACAUUUAUGUACGUCGUAAUUUGCAACGUGGUUAUUCGGCGAAAGAUUUAAACAUUUCGUAUUUAAGUGAGAAAAAAAUUCGCCUCCAAAAUAAAAUGCACGAAUUAAAAGAUAAAAGUAAGAAGGUGAUGAAUUCUUUGGGUGAGAGGAAGGUUGAUUUAAUUACGAAGUGGGAGGAUAAAUCGAGGGAAUUUAUUGAAAACUUUUUGUUGUUAUUUGGCCGUGAACGUUUAACUAAUAUUUGGAAUGAAAGUAAAGGAAGGAUUUUGAACGCUUUGAGUCCACCAAGUUCGCCGAUGAGAGAGGGUUCACCCACUUCUAGUAAUGGAGAUCUUUUUGAUUCUUUCGAAGAUAAUUUAUCGCCCCCGCGGAAAUCGGCUCGAUUAGAAUCUCUCUCUCCUCAAAGUUCUUCGUCGUUGAGUGGUCGAUAUUCCAGUGUUAACGAAUAUAGCGACGAAGAGGAAAUUGCCGCAAAUUAAACGAAAUUACCGAAAACAAAAUAAUAAUAAUGCAAAUAUUAGGUAUUUGAAAAGUGCUAAUUAAAAAUUCGAAAAUUUUUUUUAUAAGGGUCCUACUUAAAGAUAAUAAUAAAAUAUGCUGUGGAUAUUUAAAAAGAAAACCAAUUUUUUUACGUGGGUUAUUUUAAUUUAAUUUUUUUUUCUCAAUAAUUUAUUUUUUUUUUGAUCGAUCGGAUAUGAUAUGUGUGAUAUUUAUUCUUGUAACUUAUUUAUCUGUUUUUAAGGGUUAAAACUAAGCGAAAUUAGAAACCCUUUUGAAAUUAUUAAAAAUUAAAAACGGUGGAAAUCGGAUAAUAAAGAUCGCUAAAAUUUCGUUUAAGGGGGCCAGUAGUGAAAUUAAUUAAUUAUUACGAAUUAAAUAAACCAAAAAUUCUGUAAUAUUACGAAAUAAAAAGAAA